UCGUUUGUUGUCCAUUCACGAGGCUAUCCUGGGAAAGCUCAGUCGUUUCCUGAAACACCUGUUCCUGUGUGGGCUUGACUUCGCCAGAGUAUAGGAGCUCUUUGAAAGGAGGACGCGGAGGCAGAGAGAGGAACAGCUGGCCAAAGAACAACAAACCGCUGCACGUCCGAGAAUAGAUGCUAACUGAGGGGUAUUCCAGGUGGUGUUCUUGUGGACAAUGUUCCACUAUGCCAAAAGAGGAGGAAUGCCUUUGUUGCUCCGAGUGGGAUUUGAGGCCAGGAGAUACACGUCUGGAUGUCUCCAGAAUUACUGUCUCACAACUCAACCGGGCUGUUUUUUUCGUGUCCCAAAAGUAAACUGGAAGACCCAGCCAAAGCCUGCAGGACCGAACAGGCAACUUUCGAUUGACCAAUUAUCCACCAUGUCCCACACUGUUCCGCCGAUUCUUUCUGUUCACCCCACCCGAGCUCUGGUCGAUGAGAAGUUCAAGGUGGUGGUGGAGAGCCUGCCUCCAGGAUCUCCAGUCACACUUCACUCCCUCCAUCAAUCUGAGGACAAGCACUACUGGGAGGCCUACGGACACUACGUCAGUGAUCACAGAGGAAGAGUGUCUGUUGCAGAGGAUUUGAGUUUUGGGGGCACGUACACAGGAAAAGAACAGAUGGGUUUGUUGUGGAGUAUGCGUCCCGUCCCAGGCAGCCGUCAAGCCCUAAGGUUGAGAAAGAGGGACGUCUGCAGCCCCCUGCUGGUCAGCAUCUCCGUCUACAGCGGACAUGUAACUGAGGGCUUCAGGGAGCAGUCUCCUCUGGCCUCGUCACUCACAGAGAGGUGGUACAUGGCUCCAGGGGUCCAGAGGAUCAAUAUCUCAGAGACAGGAGUACGAGGGACCCUGUUUAUACCUCCAGGUCCUGGACCCUUCCCUGGACUGUUGGAUAUGUGGGGAGGUGGUGGAGGGCUGAUAGAGUAUCGUUCGGCCCUGCUGGCGUCCCAUGGUUACGUUACUUUGGCGUUAGAUUAUGUUGACGCUGGUAUGCAGAUGUCAGCAGAAGAAGAGUUCAAAUAUUUUGAGACAGCGUUAGCUCUCAUCAGGGACCAUCCUCAAGUGAUGUCGGACAGAGUUGGAAUAUUUGGUCUUUGUCUUGGCUCUGUUGUGACCAUCUAUUUGGCAGCUGAGAGCAGAGUUUUCAAGCCUCGCUGUUGUGUUUGUGUCAGCGGCCACCAUCUUUAUAUACCUGGAGCGUCAUUCAGUGAAGUCAAUGGAUUGCUGUACAUUAGGAAUGCCCACAAGGAACGUUUGGAUGAGAACAACCAUUACAUAUGGAGAGACAUGUUUCUACCAAUCACCAAUAAUUCCGCAACGAAAGUGGAUGUGGGGAAAAUAAAGUGUCCAGUGUUGAUGGUUAACGGCCUUGAUGAUCUGAACGUGCCCGCGGCAGAGUGUGCUGAGGAUAUGGCCCAGAUGAUGCGUGCUGCAGGGAACGAACACCUGCUGACCAGAGUUGAAUAUCCCGGUGCCGGACACCUGAUUGAGCCGCCCUAUAUGCCUCACUUCAGAGUUACUAAUUUUAGAAAAAUGGACACAAACGAGAUAAUUGUAUUGGCGUGUGGAGGACAAACCAAGCCCCACUCAGACGCUCAGGAAGACUCCUGGAAGAAGAUCUUAGCUUUUCUGGAGCAGCAUCUCUACGUCAGACCAACCCUCCAUGCCAAGAUGUGAACAACUCCAGAAAGCAGAGAUCAUCCACCAAUCAGUGCUGGAAAACCAAAAACCGGUCAUAUUGGUUCCUCGCUAAGCGGACCAUGUGCCUUUCUUCUGAUGAACUGAAGUGCACAGAAUAUAUGAUCACACUAGGCUGAUUGUUUUGGUCAAAUUCUAUCUGUGAUUUUACUAAUUGUGUUCACAAAGCCACAUCAACCUUUGAGAUAUGGCUACAUGUGACAGUAAUAUUAACUUGUGUAAUGUCUGGGCACGUCCAACUGGUAGGAGGCCCCAGGGCAGACCCAGAUUACAUACAGUAUCUCAUCUGGCCUUUUCAUUAUUUUGUAUGUAUGUCUGUAUGUAUGUAUGUAUAAAAAAUAUACAGUGGUGGAAAAGUUUUCGGACACCCCAUGCAUUUGUGAAAUAUUGCAUUAAGAAUCACUCUUCAAUCAGGUCUUCAAGUGCAAUUUCUUUUAGUACAGUCACAGCCAAAAUACUAAAUAAAUCCUAAAAAAGCCAUUAAAAACUUAAAAUUGAUUGGUUCCAUAAAAAUACAUAAGAAAUUUUGAGUAUUGGGUCAUUUUGGUACCAGCGAUGAAGGUCGUUCUUUUUAUUAAAAGACACAGUUUUUGUUGCCAAGCUUUGUGUCUACAUAAAGCCAGCACAUUUGAAAGUUCUUCAGACACAAAAAUGGCUAAAACAAGGAACCUAACGCAGGAAACACGCCUGAAGAUAAAGAUUCUCAGCCAGGAAGGGUACAGCUGCCGCCAGAUAGCCAGGAAGUGCAGAUGCAGUCCUUCAGCAGUUGGAUACACUCUGCAGAAACGAACCAACAGCUUGGAAGACAAACCAAGAUCCGGGCGUCCAAGGGUUUCUUCAGCAAGAAAUGACCGCAUCCUGAUCCGCAUGUGCAGGCAAAACCGCUGAAUGACAUCACAGGAGCUUCAGCAGCAGUGGUCAAACCAAACUGGUGUCCAGUGUUCCACCCGCACUGUACGUGGCCGACUUUUAGAUCAUGGCUUAAGGUCCUACAAGGCUAUCAAGAAGCCCCUGAUCAACCCACAUGCUCCCUUCUGCGCGUGCACUGUUCCGUCGAGGUAAAAACUGGAUGUUUCAACAAGAUAAUGCCCCUUGCCACACAUCCAAGGCCAGUAGAACUUGGCUGCAGGAGCACAGUAUCCAGGUCUUAGAGUGGCCAGCUCAAUCCCCGGACAUGAGCCCCAUUGAAAAUCUGUGGUGGAUUAUCAAAAGGUCUGUUUCAAAGCAUAAACCAAAGAAUUUAGAAGAAUUAAAAGCAGUGAUUCAAGAAGAAUGGGACAAGAUUACCCCUCAACAGUGUGAAAGGCUCGUGGGGAACAUGCCAGCCAGGAUUAGAGCUCUACUACGUGCCAGUGGCAGGACUACUAAAUAUUAAUUUGAUGAUGUGAUGGUUUAUUUAUUUUUUGUUCAGUUUUGAACACAUUCUCUGUUAUUUGUUGACUUUGAUACCGACAAUGUUGAGAACUGACAUAUUGAAACUGUCAAGAAUUUAGUUUUGUUAGUUUUUCUUGUAAACAAUAAACAAAAAAAUAUAAUUUGUAUUUGUUUGUAUCUGUCUAAUGCAGCCACACCUUUUGAAACACAAAAAAGAUUUUUCCACAAAUAUUUCAUGAUAAUAUUUGAGAUUGUGUAAAAUUUUAAGGGUGUCCGAAAACUAACAUUUUUUUUAUUUAAUGUUAAAUGGCCUUUUUUCUUAAAUCAAGGUUUUGUACACUAAUUAAAUGAAUGAACUUUCGAAAUGCUUCAGCCUGCUUUUAUUUCUUUUAAGAUUAUUUUUGGUUUAUGAUUUUAAAGUGUACUACUGCUACUGAAUGUAGGAUUGUCAGUUACGGUUUGUACACAGCCUCGCCAGUGACAGAAAAACUAAAAUCCAACACAUGAUUAUCUCUGGUUUGACGUUUCGCCUCUCUACAUUUGCUUUUUUUUUGGCGCUGUGUCUCUUUGAUACUUACAGUUGGCACCAGGUCUACAAUUUUUUUGAUA